GUCUCCGCCAUCUUGGUGUAACGAUUUGGAUCGUGAAAAUGUUGGCUGACACGAUCCUUAUUCUCUUCAUUUCAGUAGCUACUGCACUUCUCUCUGAAGGUAAGUUUGUUUCGAAAUCAGUUACGAUGGCCCAAAACCGUGCCGUGAGAUGUGGUUCGAUUCAACCGAGUGAAUGGCACAUCAAGCGAGAUUCUUGAACUUGACUGAAUUUCUUUCAAGUCCGCUGCCGGUUGCAGGGGUUAUCACGAUCUUGAUAUUGCAAUUGCGAGGAUUCCUCAUGCGGAGAGUUAUGGUUAUAUCUUACUGUUACCUGUACAUAGUAACUGUUUGAUUAUCAAUGUGGGGAUCUUUAAUUUUUAUUCACCCACUAACUCCCAAGAUCAAAUUGAUAAUUCUCCCCUCAAGCUGCUACACAUUUCCUUGUAAAGUAGUGAUGAGAAUUAGGUGUUAAAUCAAGAUAACAACUUCUACCUGAUAAGUUUGAAUAUUCUCAUUACCUGUUUGCUGGAUAUUGUGAGGAUAUUAUAGUGAGAAGUUUCAUGUUGAUGACUUCUGGGAGUUAAAGGGUUAACUCCUGCUUGAAACAUCAAUAAAUUGUCUGCUAUCAAUUUCAUACUGUUUCAAGCCUUGGUGUUAAAAAAAUGAGGGAAAAAUUGCCAGACUGAGUGAAAAAAAGGAGAAGAAAUCCUUUCCUACCAUAGAAUUAAAACGUCCCAGUUCUGCAUUUGUAAUAUACAUUUUGUGGCUUAAUUUAUCAUUAUGUUGUAAAUGAUCUUGCAACAAACAAUCACACUGUUUCCAUGUACAAUAUUAGUUCUUCUAACUUAACUAGCAGCUUCAGACCACAAUCAACAACCCUAAAUCACCUUUCAUAUUUCUGUACUGUCACAAACCUAUUAACAAGCUCAUCGUAAUGCUUCAGUCACCACAAUAAGUCCAAGUGUAAAUUUCUUUCUUUUUUUUCAAUUCAAUAAAUAUGCCACAUAUGGGGUAUAAAAAUUAGACAAAGAGUUACCAAUGUUUAUGGGGUUCAAAAUUAAAUCAUGUUUUAUGGCACAUGUUCAUUGGAGGUGAUACCUCAUAUGCUGACCAAAGAUAUGCAGGACUUCAUAAGAAUACAUUUCUUUUAUAUUUAGUUUCUUGUGCAGUAGGGUUAUGGUAUCACUGUCGUAGGAAAUAUUUUAUUGUAUUUGGCCAUAAAUCUGUUUUGUAUAUUUAAUAAUACUUAUCAAGGGAGCAAAAAAAGAGAUUGUAGCAACCUUACUUUUAUUUUCUCUUUUAUAGGAAUCACAUAUCUAUUGGUUUACAGAACAGACAAAUAUAAGAAGUUAACUGCAGAAGUCGAAAAAGAUAGUAAAAAGUGUGAGUAUCUUUGUUAUUGUAGAGUAUUCAACUACCUUUUAUUCAGUGAUCAAGAAUCAUGGACUACCAUACAAUGCUUGUAAUUAGAUAUUUUACUUUUACUUAGGAGAGAUUUACAAUAUGAUCAAGUAAAAAGAAGUGUCCUGACUGUGGUAAUGCUAUGUAAUGCUUGGUAAACCAAUGCACUGCAGUUAUAUAACGAGAAGAAUGUUUACAUAUUUUACAUAAAAGUUAUAAGUCAUCAAGUGAAUCAGCUCUCUUCGAUCAAAGCUGUAAUAUUACAAUCUUUCCAUAAUGAUCAUAGACAUAUAUUUCAUGCUUUUAUUUCAGUCAAAUUGUUGUACUGUGUCAACUCUAGAGAACAUUGACUGAAUUUUAUUAAAGUACCUAGAAGCUUUGUAUUGAUGGUAUUUACUUCUGUUUCUUAGUGGAGAAGAGAAAAGAAAAUAUCUUAGAUCUUCCCAGACAAGGGGGAGGUCAGAAGAAGAAAAUGGGUAAGCAUACCAGGAAUGAUAAUUGGUUUUUUCUUUUUGAUGUAGUUACUGGAUGAUAUUACUACAACUGCUUUACAUGGAAUCCUGAUGAAGUGUGUUUUACAAUUGUUUGGGUUUGUGUCUUUUCUCAGAAAGAGUUGAGGAGAAGCUUAAGAAUCACAACAGAGACCUUUCAAUGGUGAGAGACUUCUUUAUUUCAUAUAUAAUCAAUAUAAUUAUUCACUUUUGUGUGCAAGAAUUACAUGAUUUUACCACAUCUUGUUUAGGUUGACUCAGUUCUGAUCAAUAAUGGCUGUUUGGCACAUGAUUCCAUGGAAAUUAUUAACAAGAAUCAUUGGUUACAACUGAGUUUAAAACAUUUGUAAAAAAUUAACUUAAAAUUCCUUUACUUUGUUUGCCUGGAUUCUUUAAAUUUAUGCAAUCCAAGCUUCAAGAACAUUGUUACUGUAUAUCUACAGUAUCUCUCAUGAAAUUCCUCUGUGAGAUGAAUACCCCCUCCUCUUGCAUAGCUUUCCUGUAGUUUGAUUUGACUUGACGUCUUGUGUGUUAAAUGGUGAUAUAUGUAAUUCUUUUGAAGGUGAAAAUGAAGUCCAUCUUUGCCAUUGGAUUUACAUUUACAGCUCUUAUUGGCAUGUUUAAUUCUAUGUAAGUGUGUGACCCUAAAACAUUCAGUGAUGGUUUUUACAACUGCAACUGUACAGAAUAUAUAAUUUGUGGAUUAAUUUUUAGCAAUGACAUUUCCAUAUACAGAUUAUUUACAUUUAUUACCUUAAAUUCAAGUUAGAGAGGGCUGCCUUAUAUUUGUCACAUUGUGUUGUCCUAUUUUUCAGAUUUGAUGGCAGAGUUGUUGCAAAGCUUCCUUUUGUUCCCCACUCUUGGCUUCAAGGCUUGUCCCAUCGCAACUUAAUGGGCACAGAUUUUACUGACUGCUCCUUUAUCUUCCUGUAUAUUCUUUGUACUAUGUCUGUAAGACAGGUUUGUGCAAGUUUUUUUCCUAGCUAGGUAUUUAGCAACAUUCAUAGAUACAGUGUAGACAACACUGUACUUUCUAAUGUUAAGGCCCUUUGGUUGCGAGCAACUUAUCAAUCACAGAACCUAUUGAUCAGUUGAUGAAUCAGUCAGGCAGACAGUUGAUUAAUUAAACAAUCAAACAACCAGUUAAUCAUCAAUUGAUCAUUCAAUUAUCCUUCUGCAGAAUUGUACUGAUUAAUUGUCAAAAACUUAUUUUCAUGUAUAUAGAUGGGCCCCUCUACCUGCAUUCUCUCAGUAACUUGAUGUUACCUUUGCUGAACCUAAUUAAGAUCAUUGAUUUUCUCUUCUCAGAAUAUUCAAAAAAUGCUGGGCUUUGCUCCAUCUAGAGCUGCAAGCAAGGUUGGUGGUCUGCUGACACCACCACAGGGUACCAAGUAAACUUCACAGGAGUUUUGGCCACAGAGUACCCAUUUGCCUUGGAAUUGUGUACAGUACAACUUGUUUGGACCAUUUAUUGACCUACAGAAACAGUCUUCCUAAGCAUGUCUGUCCCCAGGUGUUACAAUGCAAGUGAACUUUUAGGAAAGCCCCAUAUUGUCGUAAAUGUACAUGUAACUAUCAGUACAUUUAUCGCAGUCAAAAAUUAAAUUUUUUAUGUUACUCGGAGAUUUCCAUUUUUCCUUCGUCUUUUCUUUCCAUGUAUGUUUUUUUUCCAAGGUG